AUGCUGCUGUGGAUGUCCAGCUGCUCUGACCCCAGUCUGCCAGCUGGCCCCUGGGAGACGGCAGGGGCUGUCGUGUUGCGCCCUUGGGUGAGCAGAGCAGAUGGGCCUCCGCACUUCCCGGGCACCCUGCGGGGCAUCCGGGCAACCGGUCUCUGGACAGCGGCCGUCAAGGCCAAAAAGGCCUUUGUCUGCAGAGAGGCCUGGAAGAGCUUCUGCAGGGUGGACAGAGACCGGAGCGGCGUGAUCUCGGACAACGAGCUGCAGCAGGCCCUGUCCAACGGUACCUGGACACCCUUCAACCCCGUGACCGUGAGGUCCAUCAUAUCGAUGUUUGACCGCGAGAACAAGGCAGGAGUGAAUUUCGGCGAGUUCACAGGCGUCUGGAAGUACAUCACCGACUGGCAGAACGUCUUCCGCACCUACGACAGGGACAACUCGGGCAUGAUCGACAAGAACGAGCUCAAGCAGGCGCUCUCAGGUUUCGGUUACCGCCUCUCGGACCAGUUUCAUGACAUCCUCAUUCGGAAGUUUGACCGACAGGGCCGGGGCCAGAUCGCUUUUGACGACUUCAUCCAGGGCUGCAUUGUCCUGCAGAGGCUGACGGACAUCUUCAGGCGCUACGACACGGACCAAGACGGCUGGACCCGGCCCCCGCUCCCAGGACCCCCCAGGGCCUGGCCACCCCCCUGGCACCCCUCGUGUGGCAGCCUCGUGGUUCCCAGCCGUGCCGCUGGGCCCAGCCACCCAGGAAGUCGCCCGACUGCCCCAGCCCACUCGGUGGCUCCCCCGGAACCCGAAGCCAGUUUGCGGCAGUUGUGGGCUUGGGUGGAUGUGGGAGCCCGCAAAGGAGUCUGGCGUGUCAGCAGCCGGGCCUGCCACUGGCUCCUGCCUCUGGUGUCGGGGUGUCGCGUCACUGGCCCACGGAGUGGGGUGAGGUCCGGGGGCUCCACACACCUGGACCCGCUCACCUCUCCAAGGCACGUCCUCAACAUCACAUUCACGUGUGUUCACCGCCCAGGAGAAAAUACGGAGGAAGCGCAGCAGGGUCCCGCCUUCCCGCGGGAGCCCUGGUCGGGCGUGUGGCUGUUCCCAAACGCGGAAAGAGCAUCCAGCCCCCGCGAGUCCGGUGCGCGUCACGCACCUGACAAAACUUGGAGCAAGACGCAGCUGCAGGUGUUAGCUGCUGCUGGAAGGUCACGGCACAGGGUCUCCGCACCAGCCCCUGCCUGCAGGGGCAAGGGGCGGGCACCCCUCCUGGCAGACCGCCUUCGGGCCUCAGCUCCUGGGCGUCUCACAAGCGGCCCGGCAGCCAGCAGGAGACGGCCGACCGCAGCCUCGCCACACCUGUGAAGCAGCAGGUGCACGCUUGGCCUACGGGGGCGCCGGUUGGACGACGCUUGGAGGAGCCUGGGUGAGGAAUAGAGGGGCCUGGGGGAGCCCUGGCCUGCAGGGGCCAAGGCGGACCCGGUGGGCCUGGAGGCCAGCGGCGCAGGAGUGCGC